AACAAAGAGGACGUUGAUACGAUGGAAAUUUCCGUGGACACCGAGAAUAAACCGGUCGCACCACGUGCACAACAGCCCGACCGUGAGUACGUGAAGACGGAAUUGUUGCUUGCUCGUGCCGAUGGAAAUCGUACAAUUUUGCAUGCAGCAGUGAUGAGCAGUUUUGCUCAUACAAACAAAGAGGACGUUGAUACGAUGGAAAUUUCCGUGGACACCGAGAAUAAACCGGUCGCACCACGUACACAACAGCCGGAUGUGGACAUGACGGCAGCUGAAGAAACCCGAUCGGCAUAUGAUACACGCUGGAAACGCAUGUUACGACGACGUGGCGCUAACGAGCAAGAACAAAUGUUAAUCAGAGAAUUAAUGGCAAACAGUCAGUUGCGUCGACCCGGUCAUGAAGUUGGUAAUGUAGAAGAGGUGCUGGCAGAUCUUGCGAAAAAUUGGAAAGAUGCCAAGAAAGGGGCUGUUUUCAUCGAAGAAAUGAAAGAUGAAGCAUCGAUGCCGAUUUUUGUGAAUGCAGUGAGUGAGCUGAAGAAGCGGCAAAGCAAUUCAAUUGAAAUCCUCAAAAUAUUAUGUUCUCAUGCGGUUUUGGCGCCUUAUCUGUACGAAUUAAUGACAGUAAGAGAUAUACAAGGCUUCACACCGUUUAUGUGUGCCAUUAAUUACCGAGCAUAUACGGCUGCAUAUAUCCUGUGGCUAGCGGCUGUACGUUUACAGGAAGCACAGCAUUCUGGCGCUCAAGGUAAGAAACAAUCGUCCGAUGCCACGCUGAAUUCAAUAAUUUAUCCAGCAGGAAGUAAACCAGAUGAUUCACCAUUAUUUAUGCUUUGCAUGAACGACACGUGUAGUUUUACGUGGACUGGUGAUGAACAUAUCAACCAGGUAUAA